AUGUCAACCAAGAAGUGGGAAAAGUUAAUAGACAAGGAAAUGUUAAUUAGUUUGGUGGAAGAUAGGCCAGUCCUUUGGGGCAAGACGCUGGAUAAAUAUAAUGACAAUACUGCAAGUAUUGCAGGUUGGCGCGAAAUAUGCAUUAUUUUAAUGGAGGAUUUUGAGGCUAUGGAACAAAGACAAAGACAAGAGUUCGGAAAACUUGUUAUGAAAAAGUGGAGACAGAUGGGAGAUGCCUGGGCGAGAACACUAAAAGAUAAAAAGAAUUGCAAGACGUCUGGUUCCGCUGUCUCAAACACGAAGCCCUACAAAUACCAUAAUCAGAUGCUGUUUUUGAAAAAAGUAGUUGCUGCUGUCAGGGGUGUUAAACCUAUUACAAAUAUUAAACAUAGGAGAGUUGGCCAGUCAACUUAUGACUGGUCAGCCUAUACACAAACAUCUGGUGCUAGUCACUAUCAAUCCCAGAGCUAUUUUAGCAGACCACAGCCUACUGAUAGUGCACUAUCGCCAGUACAACCUGUAUACAGUGAUGCUAGCAGACCACAGUCUACUGAUAGUGCACUAUCGCCAUUACAAUCUGUAUACAGUGAUGCUACGUUAGAUCUGUCUGAGUUUUAA